AUGGAAGUAGAAGAAGGAAACAAAGAGAUUCCCGAAAUAUCACCACCGAACACAAGAAGAAAGAAAUAUAUCUCUUGCUACCGCUGUAUGUCUCAGCAGUGUGUUUGUGUAAAAAGCAGUAAGAAUGUCAAAGAAUUAAAAAGCAAAAUGAUAAUAGGGAAAAGAGAUACAAAACAUAAGAAAUUGCAAAAUACAGGAUCAGCAGCAAAAGUUUACCAAGAAAAACAAUGCAAAAAUAGAACAAAGACAAAGUCAGUUGUAGAAAAAGAAGACAAAGAAGAAGAUACUCCAUGGCAAAGUCGUUAUGUUUGUCGUGUUUGUGGCUCCAUUUUUAAGGAGAAAGUUCCGUGGAUCAAUCACAUUGAGAGAAAACACUACCAUGCGUACAAACUGCAGUGUGACAAGUGUUAUUUACCGUUUUCAAACGAGUAUGAAACCUCAUCACAUAUUUGUACUUGUGCUAAUAUUAGGAACCAUACUUGUAUCUUCUGUAGCGAUGAAAAGUCGUUUAGAUAUAAGACGAACCUGUAUUAUCAUAUAAUGCAGGAACACGACAGCAAGUUUCCUUUGAGGUGCGAAAAAUGUGCGAAACCUUUAGCUUCCAAAUUAGAACAAACACAGCAUAUUGCAACCCAUAGUUGCUCUACAAUUAUGAAAGAUGAAACUCGUUUAAAGCAGUUUGCUACUGAACACCAAAUGCAGAUUCAGUAUAAAGAGAACGGAGAUGACUCUACCACUGCAACAAAAUCUCGUCAUUCGAAUAAAACUGAAGUCGCGGGAGCAAAAACUACAAAUCUACCUCUGUGUGAGUAUUGUGGUCGGGUGGUGAAACAGCUGUCAGCACAUACAGAUGUUUGCUUAAAUAACAAAUACAAAUGUAGUACUAGCGAAAUGACACUUAAUUCUAAAAUGAGUCUAAAGAUUCAUAUUAUGCGAUUCCAUACUUCGAGAAACCUUACGCAUGUAAUCAGUGUGAGAAAAGAUAUAUCAGUAAUGGGUCUUUAA